CUCAGAACAGAACUCCUGUACUUAAUUUCUAUACUGUAGACGUGCGACAGUGUAUAUUGUAUCGAGCAGAGCGAAUUAACCCGCGGCUGCCAGCGUAUCAUGACGUCGAAGCAGUUAGUUUGGUCCUCGUUGCCCAAUCGAAUGUGCUUUGGUGUCCUACAGGAGCCGAAAUGUCCCUGUCCUGGUCCGAGUAACAUACCACCCGUUGCCGGGUCUCCGUGGUAGGCCGACUGCUGCUGCUUUAAAAAAAAAAAAGCCGUGACAUGGGAAGCCCGUUGCAGCUGCGGAACCAUUUCUACCAAGCGCAGCGGUCGGAUCCGACUCAGUGCCACCGGCACCCCUGCGGACAGCCGCCGCGCUACACCUGCACCUGCACCGACCGCUGCACCUGCCAUGCCCGGGAGAGCUCCGUCCUCCGCGGGACGUCGCCGACAUGCGCCGCGGUAACUUUGAGGACAUCUUCGGAGACGUUUUCAAGGCGAGGCGUCCGCGACCGGACUCCAUGUAGUCAUGCUACUUCCUCCAGGCAUCCCCCCCUUCCUCCUCCUCCUCCUCUGCCGCCGCCGCCUCCUCCUCGUCAGCAGCAGCAUCCGCAGCAUCCCGGGGCCAGCCACGCGCACGCCUCCCACCAUGAGACGGCCAUGAGCAGCUGCAGAUACAACGGCGGCGUCCUGCGGCCGCUCAGCCACUUGAGCUCGUCCCGCAGGAACGUGCACGAGUUCGAUUCCGAAUCGCAGCCCCUGCAGCCCCUCUCGGCCGCGGACGCGUCGGACACCUUGGCAAUCUCCAAGCCGGAGAGCCACUCGGCCACGCUCAUGCCGUACGCGUCCGGGGACGGAGGCGGGGGCUGCGGCCGCGGCGGGGGGAAAUCGGGAAAGAAGAAGAACCAGAACAUUGGGGAGAAGCUCGGCCACAGGAGGGCCUUGUUUGAGAAGAGGAAGCGGCUCAGCGACUAUGCUUUAAUCUUUGGGAUGUUUGGGAUCGUUGUUAUGGUUAUCGAGACGGAACUCUCCUGGGGAGCCUAUGGAAAGGAGUCCCUGUAUUCAUUAGCUCUAAAAUGCCUGAUAAGCCUUUCUACAGUCAUUCUCCUGGGCCUGAUUAUCAUCUACCAUGCAAGAGAGAUCCAGUUAUUUAUGGUGGACAACGCGGCCGACGACUGGAGGAUAGCCAUGACGUACGAGCGCAUCUUCUUCAUCUGCUUGGAAAUCCUGGUGUGCGCCAUCCACCCCAUCCCGGGCAACUACACCUUCACCUGGAACGCCCGUCUGGCCUACUCCUACGUGCCGUCCCAGGCGGACGCCGACGUGGACAUCAUCCUGUCCAUCCCCAUGUUCCUGCGACUGUACCUCAUCGCCCGCGUCAUGCUGCUGCACAGCAAGCUCUUCACGGACGCCUCGUCUCGCAGCAUUGGGGCGCUCAACAAGAUCAACUUCAACACGCGCUUCGUCAUGAAGACCCUCAUGACCAUCUGCCCCGGGACGGUGCUGCUGGUCUUCACCAUCUCGCUGUGGAUCAUCGCGGCGUGGACCGUGAGAGCUUGCGAGAGGUACCACGACCAACAGGAUACCAACAGCAACUUUCUCGGGGCCAUGUGGUUGAUCUCCAUCACCUUUCUUACAAUCGGAUACGGAGACAUGGUCCCAAAUACAUACUGCGGGAAAGGAGUCUGCCUCCUGACUGGCAUUAUGGGCGCGGGUUGCACCGCCCUGGUGGUGGCUGUGGUGGCGAAGAAGCUGGAGUUAACCAAAGCUGAAAAGCACGUUCACAAUUUCAUGAUGGACACCCAGCUCACCAAACGAGUGAAAAACACAGCUGCGAAUGUUCUCAGGGAGACGUGGCUCAUCUACAAGAACACCAAACUGGUGAGGAAGAUGGACCAUGCCAGAGUCAGGAAGCACCAGAGGAAAUUUCUCCAAGCCAUACAUCAAGCUCGAAAAUUGAGAAGUGUUAAAAUGGAGCAACGCAAGCUGAAUGACCAAGCAAACUCGCUAGUGGACCUUGCCAAGGUAAGCUACAUGGACUGUAACGGUUUUCUGCCGCAUUGCCCAUGAAGGAAGACUCUGCUUCUCUGCCUAUGUGUG